GAGCAACGCCAUGUAUUACCGUUGUCAAGACGUUCAGUGUUUAAAUCCAUGCAGGUAGUUUAUUUUGCUAUAAAACAGAAUCCAUCCAGCAAUCCUACCGAUACAACAAAGUGUCUGUCUGUAAUUACUCUGUUCUCAAAGUUGUUUGCAAGUUCGACUUUCGUUGCUUAUACCAUAAGCGCCUUUAUGCUCAACACCGGCUAUUGCCCUCACGACCAUCGGAUCCAGCUUAAACAGUCAUUGGCUUUGCAUCCCUUCUCAGAACGUCGAAUGGAUCCGCAGACAAACCGAAUGUACUUUGUAAAUCAUAAAAAUUGUACCACGCAGUGGGAGGACCCACGGGAGAGGGGCAUGGACGAAAGUCGGCCGUUGCCGCCAGGUUGGGAGAAGCGAUACACAGCGGCGGGUCAGCGUUACUUCAUCGAUCACAACAGUCGAACGACUACCUUCAUUGACCCUCGCACUGGACAGCAUGCUGGGUGUGUUAUUCCAUUAUUUAUUUCUUCUCCUCUUUUAGCUAAAGACAAGAAUAGUUUUAAUUUACAUUGCAAUUUUUAA